UUGAGUUCUCUUCUCCGCCGAGAAGACUUCUCGGCGGAGAAGAGAACUCAACCAGAGAUCAAAUGAAAAACGUUUUGGAGUUUGAGAAGAGAUUGGCUCAGAUAACAAUUCCUGCGGAUCAGAGAAGAGACGAUGAAAGCACUUAUCAUAAAAUGACUUUAAAAGAACUGAAAAUGAAAUGCAAAGCAAUCGAUUGGGUUUCGUAUUAUAGACGCGCUUUCGGGCAAAUCGGUCGAGAGAUUACGGAAAACGAGCAAAUAGUCAUUUACUCUCCACAAUAUAUGUCUAAUUUAUCGGAUCUCAUAGAAGAGCACUUACGAGACGAACAGAAGAAAAUAGUUGUGGCCAAUUACUUGGGCUGGUCUGUUGUGCAGACAAUGACUUCAUGCUUAGCAAAGCCGUUCAGAGAGGCUUCAAAAAUACUGCGAAAGGCUUUAAUGGGAUCGGAGGGGACGGAAUCACCAUGGAGGUAUUGCGUCACCGACACCAAUGGUGUGAUGGGCUUUGCUUUGGGGGCUAUGUUUGUGAAGGCAGUCUUUCACGGAGACUCCAAACUCAUGGCACAAACCAUGAUUGAAGAAGUGAGGGAUGCCUUCAAAAACAAUUUACCAAAUCUUAAAUGGAUGGACGAACACACCAGACAAUUAGCUAAAGAAAAAGCGCCCUUCUAUGACGUGAAUUACCCGAAAUCACUCAAUUUCGGAGCGAUGGGUGUUGUUAUGGGACACGAAUUAAGUCAUGCAUUCGAUGGUAAA